CUGGAUCCCAGCCGAGGAUCUUUUGCUCGCGAGAGUUCCUCCGUCUAGCUGCACACAACGCUGCUGCUGGAAACAGAGGUAAGAGAAUUGCCGAGACUUAGCUCGUCCAGACUCCCCGAGGCCCCGCCCCUCCUCUCUGGCCCUCCUCUUGGCCCGGGUCUUGGGCGUUGCACGUGCAGUUGUUGUGGUUCUACGUCACGUGAUCCCGGAAGUGCACGGUAGGCCCGCCUCAAAGAUGGCGACGCCCACCGCGCGAGGAUGUGAUCCGCCUCUGCUCCGGCUUGGGUUGUAGCCUUGAUGAGGUCUGAGCGACCAUGGACCGGCCGGGGUUCAUGGCAUCGCUGGUGGCUGGCGGGAUAGCAGGUGUUUCUGUUGACUUGAUAUUAUUUCCUCUGGAUACCAUUAAAACCAGGCUGCAGAGUCCCCAAGGAUUUAAUAAGGCUGGUGGUUUUCAUGGAAUAUAUGCUGGUGUUCCUUCUGCUGCUGUUGGAUCCUUUCCUAAUGCUGCUGCAUUUUUUAUCACCUAUGAAUAUGUGAAGUGGUUUUUGCAUACUGAUUCAUCUUCAUAUUUGACACCUAUGAAACAUAUGUUGGCUGCCUCUGCUGGAGAAGUGGUUGCCUGCCUGAUUCGAGUUCCAUCUGAAGUGGUUAAGCAGAGGGCACAGGUAUCUGCUUCUACAAGAACAUUUCAGAUUUUCUCUAACAUCUUAUAUGAAGAGGGUAUCCAAGGGUUGUAUCGAGGCUAUAAAAGCACAGUUUUAAGAGAGAUUCCUUUUUCUCUGGUCCAGUUUCCCUUAUGGGAGUCCUUAAAAGCCCUCUGGUCCUGGAGGCAGGAUCAUGUGGUGGAUUCUUGGCAGUCAGCAGUCUGUGGAGCUUUUGCAGGUGGAUUUGCCGCUGCAGUCACCACACCUCUAGAUGUGGCAAAGACAAGAAUUAUGCUGGCAAAGGCUGGCUCCAGCACUGCUAAUGGGAACGUGCUCUCUGCCCUGCAUGGGGUCUGGCGGUCACAGGGGCUGGCAGGAUUAUUUGCAGGUGUCUUCCCUCGAAUGGCAGCCAUCAGUCUGGGAGGUUUCAUCUUUCUGGGGGCUUAUGACCACACGCACAGCUUGCUGUUGGAAGUGGGCAGAAAGAGUCCUUGAAGCAGAGACAGCCUCACCUCCAGUUCUGUCGAGAGAGGGGCCUGCAGUGUAAACCCUCUUCUGCUGAGCAGCUGUCUGAACUAUAGGCCCCAGUGCUGAAGACCAGUUCUGCUAAGAUGCCGGCAUCGAGAUUGUGCCAUCCGUCGUAUAGGCUGGCUGGUAUGAAGUCAUUGGCCUGUAUGCCAGAGAGCUAAGAGAUGAAAACGGGGUCUGUGGCGGUACUCUGAACAAUUUCCUCAGAACCUCUUAAUAAAUAAGUCUGGUAAUGCUGAGGCCAGGCCUUUCAGAGCUUUCAUUUGAUCUGUAUCUGAUCUUUCAUUUCCUGCCACCUGAUGGUGGAUUCAGCAGAAGGCAAGUGGUUAUAAUUUUAAAAGAAUAGCUUGUUUGGGAGAAGGAGACUUGGGGAAGAAGUUGUGUAUGUGGGUGUUUCUCCCCCUAGUUAAUUCCUGUUGUGUAAGGUUAGGCUCUGUUGAAAAAAGCAUGAACUACACAGGUGCAUAGCAAGCAUUCUUUCUGGGUAACUAGGUUGCUGGUUUUAAUUACCCUCAGAUUUCACCCAUAAAAACACGCUGUAUUAUUUUCCAGAGCUGUGUCCAGCGCCCCCUGUGGUGUGUGAGAGAAAGCAGCUGCAGCUCAAGUGACUAGGUGGGUCCAGCUGGCUUCGUGCAGGAGGACACGGUGGGUGAGCCAUUCUUGCCAUUCUCCGUGUCGGGCUGAAAGGAGGGCCUGGGCCAGCUUUGAAAACAAUGUUGCUAGAAGCAGGCAGGAUGAAAUGGAAAGGUCACCACACUUUGGGAUUUUAGAGCUUGACUAACAAGCUCCAGGCGUAGAAGAAUUCAGAAUGAAAUCUCAGGAAUCUAGCAGUGUUGUCUGCCCCCGGAGCAAACAGUAUAUAAUUUUGCUUUGCCUAUUUUUUUUUUUUUUUCUUUUUGGGGGAAAGAGAAUUAAAGGCAGAAUGACUGCGUUUGUAAAAGAAGGACCACCAACUGUACUGACAUUUAUAAAUGAACCUUUAUUAAAGAAAGACACUUCAAUGCCAUCUGUUAGACACUUCAAUAUUUUACAUGGUUUUCAAUGUACACUGUACCAAAAUUUCUAUAAAUAAAUAACUUUGUACAUAAAAGUAA